GCUACUUAAGGCGCCGUGGCCUCGCCCGCCCCGCCUUAGCUCCCGCGCUAAAGAGAAACAUGUGUCGUUUCCGAUCACAGCUCUUCACGGGGAUUUCUGCUGCCGCCACCGCCCACUCUUACCCCCGCCGCUUCUCGCCUCUGUUGUUAGCCGAAGACUCGCCUCUCAGCCGGCCGCCGCACAGACGCACGAGUAAAAAGUGCAGCUCCAUCGGCUGAUCCUCGCUAAGCUCUGAGUUUAGGCGGCACUGGGCGUCCCACGAUGCCGAAGAAUAAGAAGCGGAACACUCCCCACCGCGGUGGCAGUGGUGGCGGCGGCGGCGGCUCAGGGGCAGCUGCAGCGGCGGCGGCAACAGCAGGUGGCCAGCAUCGAAAUGUUCAACCUUUUAGUGAUGAAGAUGCAUCAAUUGAAACAAUGAGCCAUUGCAGUGGUUACAGCGAUCCUUCCAGUUUUGCAGAAGAUGGACCAGAAGUCCUUGAUGAGGAAGGAACUCAAGAAGAUUUAGAGUACAAGUUGAAGGGAUUAAUUGACCUAACCCUGGAUAAGAGUGCGAAGACAAGGCAGGCAGCUCUUGAAGGUAUUAAAAAUGCACUAGCCUCAAAAAUGCUUUAUGAAUUUAUUCUGGAAAGAAGAAUGACUUUAACUGAUAGCAUUGAACGCUGUCUGAAAAAAGGUAAGAGUGAUGAACAACGUGCAGCUGCAGCAUUAGCAUCUGUUCUUUGUAUCCAGUUGGGCCCUGGAAUUGAAAGUGAAGAGAUUUUAAAAACUCUUGGACCAGUCUUAAAGAAAAUCGUUUGUGAUGGGACAGCUAAUAUCCAGGCUAGGCAGACUUGUGCAACUUGCUUUGGCGUUUGCUGUUUUAUUGCCACAGAUGACAUUACUGAGCUAUAUUCAACUCUGGAAUGUUUGGAAAAUAUCUUCACCAAGUCCUAUCUCAAAGAGAAAGACACUACUAAUGUUAUUUGCAGCACGCCUCAUACUGUGCUUCAUAUCAGCUCACUUCUUGCAUGGACACUGUUACUGACCAUAUGCCCAAUCAAUGAAGUGAAGAAAAAGCUUGAGAUGCAUUUCCAUAAACUUCCAAGCCUCCUCUCUUGUGAUGAUGUAAACAUGAGAAUAGCUGCUGGCGAAUCGUUGGCACUUCUUUUUGAAUUGGCCAGGGGACUGGAGAGUGACUUUUUUUACGAAGAUAUGGAGUCUUUGACUCAGAUGCUUAGGGCUUUGGCAACAGAUGGAAAUAAACACCGGGCCAAAGUGGACAAGAGAAAGCAGCGGUCGAUUUUCAGAGAUAUCCUGAGGGCGGUGGAGGAACGGGAUUUUCCAACAGAAACUGUUAAAUUUGGUCCUGAACGCAUGUAUAUUGAUUGCUGGGUCAAAAAACACACCUAUGACACCUUUAAAGAGAUUCUUGGAUCGGGGAUGCAGUACCACUUGCAGUCAAAUGAAUUCCUUCGCAAUGUGUUCGAACUUGGACCCCCAGUGAUGCUUGAUGCUGCAACACUUAAAACAAUGAAGAUUUCUCGUUUUGAAAGGCACUUAUAUAACUCUGCAGCCUUCAAAGCUCGAACCAAAGCUCGAAGCAAAUGUCGAGAUAAGAGAGCAGAUGUUGGAGAAUUCUUCUAGAUUCUUAGAACUUGAAGACUAUUUUCUAAUUUCUAAUUUUUUUUUCUAUUUCUAAUGUAUUUAAACUCUAGAGACAGUUUUUAUCUUGGAUUAACUUAGAUAACUUUUGUAGUACAGGUUAUAUUGCUUAUAAUUUAAUGUAUAGUAUUGCAAAUGGCGAGUUCUGAUUAUUGAAUGUUCUUUGUAAAUAUAAUCAGUAAACAUGAAUAAAAUGUUUGUAAUGUUUGAUCACAUUCUAUUUAUGAAGAGAGUUAAAAUACACUAUUUCACUUUGAUUUCAUGAUGGGAAAAAUUAUUAGCCAAAUUUUAAUUUCUUAGACUGUGGUUGUCAAAAAUACUGAUUGAUUAUAAUGAUAUGUACAUACAAGGUAUUUAACUUAAUAUCUUAGACAAGAGUUCUAGAUACAAUUUUUGGGAUCUAGUUCCUCUGGAAAAGCUGCUGUAUUUUAAAUUUUAAAUGGAAUGUAAUUGCUUUUUAAAUCUUGUCACUGGGAUCAACAAAAGGAGUUUUACCAUGAGACCUCACAGCUGCACUUAACGGCCAUUCAGUUCAGCUAUUGGGAGUUCAUGAUGAAUUAGCAUAUGCCAGAAAGGUUGCUAACCUUAACUUCUGAGAGCAGUAACACUGAUUUUAUCUGCUGUAUGAGACUUUGUGCAUUUUAUUUUGAAAUAAAGAUCUUUUCACACUGAAAA